AUGUCGGCUGCCCUUGGCUUCAGCUCGGGUGACUUGCCGCUCAUCCCGGCGCGGCCCGCCGGCGGCGAGUCGGAAGGCUCUAUCGAGCUCGGCACUGAAGAUUCAGACACGGACAGCAGCAUCUCGGUCGAAGGCAGCAACUUCGAAGAGGAGACAUCCUCGCUUCAAGGUGGAUCCGACGGUGGUGUCCCGAUCACCGAAAACGAACACACUGCUGACGAAGAUAACGUCGAGGAUGACCAUGUUGGAAGCGAGCAUGACGAACCCGAUUAUGGCUACAUCCUGGACGGCGACCGCGGCUACAUCCAUCCCGAUGGCCGGGAGGAAGUUUGGUACCGUCAACCAGUCCUGAGCAAUCCUGAAGCUCCAGGCUGGACUACUAUCAACUCGGGUCCCCGUGGCCCACCUGCUUCAUAUGCUGAAUACAGAGUGUUCGAAGAUGAACCCGAAAAACCUGUUCCUGUCACAGGAAGUGAGGUCCAACUCGCAGCGGCAUCGACCAGAGCGGAAAUUGAGGAAAUCAUCUCGGCUGAGGAGAUAUGCAGCUGCGGGUCAUCAAACCCACUGCUGCGCACCAACGAUGAGCUUCCGUUUUUUGAUCAUGACAACGGCUGCUGGACUGACCCGGCGGCUAAGAACCCGCAAAGGACCGCACAGCCGUUCGUCCCCUAUGCUACACGUUUGAACAUGGAUAAGAAACGGAAGCAAGAAGCCAUGCACGACACUGACGACAGCCCCACUCCUGGCGCAACUUGGCCAGAAAGCGAAAGUCCCAGCGCCAUGGCCGUGAGUGCCGAAACCUCUGUGCCGCGUUGCGACCUACACUUCCCCAUCACCGGCGUCCUCGACGACGACUGGAAGUUCAUGCGCGGCUCACGCUUCAUCAAACAGCGCCUGCGCCUUCCAAUCGCGCUUGACAAGCCAGAGAACAGUACCGACGAGUACGAUAACGACUCCGACUCCGACUCUGCCGCCGCCACCGAACACGAGCCCACAAACGUGCAUUCCACGCCCCUCCACACCAGCGCAAGCAUCCCCGUCGAAGCCGACAACCACCCCGCCGAAGACGCGAACGACUGGGAAACCGACGACGGCGAAGACCGCAUCAACACCUACAUCCAAUACGUCGACCAAGCGUACCAGCUCCGCCUGAUCGAGGACGACGCGCCGGCGCGCUGCCGCCGCAUGAACAUGCACGCCCCGCCCGCGAGCUGGGCGGACCGCAACGCCAUCACCAAGCUCAACCGCUGGAUCCACAGCUUCCGCGACCGCAGCAGCAAGCGCAACGCCGCCACGACUCUCCCCUCAACAACCACCCCCCCUCCAACCUCCCAGCCCACCGCGUCCGCGUCCUCCAGCACCAGCACCAGCACCACCCCUCCCCCCGCCAACCAGACCCGUGCCACCAAGUCCACGGCCAAACCCCGCAAAACGCGCCUCGCAUGGACCCCCGCCGAGCUCGACGCCGUGUGCGGCGCCAUGGUCGAGCAGCUGCGCGACACGGGGAGCUACAGCAAGCCGCGGCUGCUGGCGGUGCUGCGCGAGCGGUGGCCGGAGCGGCGGCGCACGCUGGCGGCGCUGACGCAGACGGUGCAGCGGUAUGGGUUGGGGCGGGAGGCGAGGGGGGUUGUGUUCGGUGGUGGUGAUGCUGAUGUUGGCGGGGACGGCGGUAAAUGGAAGGGGAAGGGGAAGGGGAAGGAGCGGGUGGUUGAGGUGGAGGAUGAUGAGGAGGAGGGGGAGGAGGAUGGUGGGGAGGUGGCGGAUUCGGAGGGGGAGGAAGACGAGGAGGAGGAGGAGGAGGAUGAUGAUGAUGACGAUGAUGAUGCUGAAGAUGGUGUGAGGGUGUGA